AUGAACACGAAUUCCGAUUGGGUGAAGCGAGCAUUUCUCUUCAAAAAGCAGCUCGCUGCGAAAAUCCCUGCGGAAUGGAAGAAGCUCACCCCUGAUAUUGAGGCCUCUCAAAAUGUAAUCGAUGCCGUUGCUCUAAGUGGCAUUCUCUCCGAAACUGAACUGCAAAUAUUGCGGCUCGAUGCCAUGGGGCUCAUAGAUGCCAUCGCCCUCAGGAAGUAUACAUCAUUCCAGGCCACAAACGCGUAUGCCAAGGCCGCAGCGAUAGCCCAAAAUCUUACCAACUGCUUGGUGGACUGGUUUCAUGAGGAAGCCCUGGAGAGGGCAGCGUGGCUGGAUAAACAGCUGGAACAGACGGGGACAGUUGUCGGGCCCCUGCACGGUCUUCCAAUUUCGCUAAAAGAUAUCUGCGGUAUCGCCGGUCACGAGUGUACGGCUGGCUUCCUGUCGUUUGCUGGAAAUAAGGUACCUGACGCGGAUGGAACGUUGGUUGCAAUUUUGCGCGACGCAGGAGCCGUAUUCAUCGUCAAAACGGCCGUUCCGCAGGCCAUCAUGCACCUUGAAACCGACUGCUUUCUGGGACCAUGCACCAACCCUUAUAACCGAACUCUAACUCCCGGCGGAAGCAGUGGGGGCGAGAGCGCCCUCAUCGCAAUGAAAGCUAGUGCCAUGGGUGUCGGAACCGAUAUCGGUGGCAGCAUUCGCGCGCCGGCUGCGGUCACGGGUAUCUGGGGUUUCAAGCCAACGGCUAGCAGAACACCCAAGUAUGGCAAUGUCUCAACGAUGUCUGGACAAGAGGCCAUCGUUGGAGCUUAUGGUCCGAUGGGACAGUCUGCGCGCGAUAUGAAUUUAUUCAUGAAGGUGGUGCUUGCGGCUGAACCGUGGAAAAUUGAUCCAACCCAAGUUGCCAUGCCUUGGCGGAUAGAAGAGCUCACUUGGCGUGGCGGUGCGGCCACACCGACUAUCGGGGUCAUGUGGGAUGAUGGAGUCGUUCUGCCUCAUCUACCAAUUUCUAGGGCCUUGAAGUAUGCGGUCGGAAAGCUAAGGGUAGCUGGGUUCACCGUGGUCGAAUACAAGGCAUACAACGCCAAGGAGGCUUGGGACAUAAUAAGCCAGUUAUAUUUUACCGACGGCGGCGAGCGGAUAAAGAAAUACUGCGCGGAUAGUGGAGAGCCAGUGAUGGAGAUGACCGAAUGGAUUGUUAAGCAGAACUCUCGCCCUCGGUCUUCUCUCGAAGUGUUUGACCUUGUCUCACAGCGGGACGAAUACCGUGCGCGAUACAACAAGCAUUUUCAAGCCGCUGGGGUGGACGUUGUGUUAUGCCCGGCCGGGUAUGGACCAGCGCAGCCCCUGGGAACCACCAAAUGGUGGGGGUAUACUUCACAAUGGAAUCUGGUUGAUUAUCCAGGAGGUGUUUUCCCGACUGGGCUGUCUGUCGACCCUGUAAUGGAUAGUCCUGUUGCGCGGGAGGCUUUUUAUAGCGACUUGGACCGUGAGCUUUGGAGCGAAUACGAUCCGAAACGACUGGUCGACGCUCCCCUCUCUCUGCAGGUCAUCGGCGCUAGGUGGGAGGAUGAGAAAGUGCUCGCGGCAAUGACCCAGAUUUCGGAAGUUGUUCGAGCAUAA